CGAAUGCAGGCAGCCCCCAGCCCCGCCCGAGCGUGAGAUUACGGGGACAAUCAGAGAGAUGAUACUAAGAAGACAUCUUUUCGGAGAGAUGUAGCCCCCCAGGGUGAAGUGAGCUCUUUCCAGGAUAAACCUGCCCUCCUAUUGUACUGUUUAUUUGGCUUUGACCAAGGCCUGGUGACAGACGCGGAAGGACUUGAACUACCAACUCAGCUUAGAAGGAAGCCAAGACUGAAAGGUUUCUCUCUCCCAGUAUUUUGGAAAUUUUGGCAAUCCAGUGGGACAGCCAGGAUACCCUGGACACCCGGCUUAUCCAGGCAGUAUUUCAACAGGAGACCCCAUGUGGAAAUGCUUCCUUGCUAUUGCUGGCCAGGAUGGUGAAGUGGGUGCUGAAGACCUUCAGAAGUGUUUAACACAGUCUGGAAUUAGUGGAACUUAUUCUCCCUUCAGUUUGGAAACCUGCAGAAUUAUGAUUGCCAUGUUGGAUAGAGAUUACACAGGAAAAAUGGGAUUUAAUGAAUUCAAAGAACUUUGGGCAGCUCUUAACUCCUGGAAGCAAAACUUCGUAACUGUUGAUAAAGACGGAAGUGGCUCAGUAGAGCAUCAUGAACUGAAUCAAGCCAUUGCUGCUAUGGGUUAUAGGUUGAGUCCUCAAACAGUAACUACCAUUGUCAAACGUUACGGCAAGAAUGGCAGAAUCUUCUUUGAUGAUUAUGUUGCUUGCUGUGUGAAGCUUCGAGCAUUGACAGAUUUCUUUAGGAGAAGAGACCACUUGCAACAAGGGGUUGUGAGUUUCGUAUAUGAUGAUUUUUUGCAGGGCACAAUGGCAAUUUGAAUGUCUAGAAUUUGAAGGCUGAAGAAAUACUGUGAGUUUCUCUGCUUAGAAGAAAUGAACUGGACUCCUUAGAAUUAAAGCUUCUAAGGCUUUUCCAUAUUCCAUAUAUUGAAUCUCUUCUCUGAGUUUUUACUUUAGCUAACAGUGUAAAGCAAUAAAAGAGAUGUUUUUGUAUUUGGAAUAUUAUUGCUUUUAGUAAGCUUAUAACUUUAGAGAUCUCUGCAUAAUCAACAUAGGUGUAUAAUUAAGUGAUAUAAAUACCUCAACUUUAAUUUUCUUUCUUAAUUACAAGAUAGAUUAUAUAUUUUGUGAAAAGAUAGAUUGUAUAAGAAGCUAAAUGAUGAAAGCCUAAAUAAAACUAAUUUAUACUUACCUGAAGGUUACAAAUUAUAUUUUGAAAAAUUUGUUUGCAGUUGUUGGUAUUUGAAGGUGAGCCAGAAAGGGAAGCCUAGAUUCUGUGCCAUCUUUAUAGUAGGGCUUUUUAUUUGCUCACAUAAUCAGAAAACAGAAACUUGUGACUCUUCGCCUGUGAAGAAAAUUGUAGUUCCUAAAAUUUUAUCCUGAGUCACAUUUGGUUCAGUUCGGUUCAGUUGCUCAGUUGUGUCCGACUCUUUGUGACCCCAUGAAUCGCAGCACGCCAGGCACAUUAGGUGGACCAUAAAUUAAUCUAUGGUGAAAUAAAAUUCCAAGAGGCAUUGUUUUUCCUUUUUUGAUUUUUUGCAGUAUAUGUUUUUCUUCAGUGUGUUUUAUUGUCUUCUGUGGAACAAAAUUCUUAAUGAACAUAACUUCUUUCUCUGUAUAGAUAACCUAAAAUGGCAUCUUUGUUUAAAUUUAGGUUUUCUGCAAAUGACAUAUUUUUAAUGAAAUGUCAAUAUUUAAGUUUGUUAUUUUAAACUAAAUUGUUUAUACAUACUGCUAUUAGCUAUUUAUAACAUUUUAAAAAAAUCAAGUAACCUACCACUUUGUUUAAAUGUUUAGAAAUUAUAGGUUUGACUUUCUUGACAGCAUUAGUCUGUGAUUUUGACAUUAGUAAACCCAUAAGUCUUUCUCAGUAAGUGUAAUGUGGGUCCUGAGCAUGGUAGACAGCAUUUCUGAGUGGCAUUACUAUGAAAAUUGAAAGUGGAAUCACCAGGUUCUUAGCAUUUUAAGAUUACUGAUAUAAGUUGUUGUAGUUAAUCAGUCCCUUUCUUGGCAAACACACCUCAGUCUUUCUAAAUGAAGAGUUAGUAAACCACAUACAUUUAUUACACUUUAACUGAAUAUCUUCUAGCUUAAAGGUGAAUACAAAGUAACAUAAUUUUAAUAUGGCUUGUGAUCAAAUUAAUAAUAUAGUUUUACAUGGAAGUUUCAUAAAAAUGGAGGAUGAAUGGUAGUCUCUUGAAAAGAAAAAAAACCUUUUAUAAAGAUACAGAAUUGUAGAUCAACUUUCACUUUAAAAAAACCUGGAAAGGAAGUAAUGUAUACCCUUGUUGAUAUUGAUAAUUUUACAUAAUUAGCUGUCAAAUUCAUUUGGCCAGAUUUAUAAAAAUGUGUGAUAAAUAACUCAUGUAAUUUUGUCCUCUGGCUGUUAAUUUUUUUCAUGAACAUAUAUUUGAUAAUGUAAGAGCAUGUUAACUGAGCCAUAAAAGAUACAGAAUUCUAAUUAGCAGUGUUGUAGGAAAGAGAUUAUAUAAACACACUGUGUAUCAUUCAUGUUGAAUAAGGGUGAUACCAUGACUCACCAGCAUGGAAUCUUAACAUACACUUUGUACAGUUGGUUGAGUUAUUGUACUAUUCUGAGGUCAGUUAUAAUUUUCCUUAUUUGGACGCUCAGAGUUGAGGUCAAACUUUUAAAAUGGUAUGACAUGAGUCAUAUGAGUUUUGUCAAAUGACACUCUGAGGUAGAACUUUUACAUGCUUCUCUUUAACUCAUCCUUUACCAAAGGUGUUCCUAUGACUUUUGGUCAUAGGAGGUCUGAAGAAGUUCCCAGGACCAAACGUAUUUAGGAAAGCCUCAUCUUCCUCAGAAAGCUUAAUAAAACCUAAGGUACAGAAAAUCUCAAUUUUAUUUGACUCAAUUUUUUCUGAAAUUUUUUUAACCUCAGAACCCUUCCUCUUAACAAAACUGAUAUUCUAUGCCAAUCCAAGCUGGUUGUCAGACAGUUGUUUUGCACUUCACAUUAGAUAAUCCUUUUUUUUUUUUAAUCCAUAGAAUUUUAUUUGCAUUUAGCCCCUUUUCAAAUUUUGCUUAUACUAAUGAGGAGAACAUAAAUCUAGAAAUAAGAUUUGUGACAUCAUCACUUUCCUUCCAAAUUCCCAAAUUAACAUUAUUUCAAAUACUAGGGUCAUUUUGGCCUUCAGGACAAUUACAUAUUUUUCUAGUGCUCAGUUUUCUAAUCUGUACACAUUAGAAAAUCUUAUAUAAACAUUAGCCAUAGAGAAUACAUUACCAGGAUUUUUCUGCUAGAAGGCAAUUCAUAUUUUUAAUGCUUUUAAAAUAGUGUAAACAGAAUCUAUUACUAAGGUAAAAAUUAAAUCAUUUUAUAAUGAACAUGAAUGUGAAUAUAGUGUGGUAGUUUGUACUGAUUAACUCAUGCUCCAGUUUUCUUAUGAUGAUGUAAAUUAUUAAAUCAUGUACACUCUCAAUGUCUAAGUGCUUUUAUUUAUACAAUAAACAUGUUUCCAUGUCAUUUUGAGAAUUUUUUAAUAAACAUUCAAAUAGCUUGCUGUAAAGUUUUGCAUCAUACAAAAUCUGUAACAUAUAUAUUAAGAGAUUCUUCAGUUCAAAUAACAGUGCAGUAAUUCACCUAUGCUUAAAAGACUGCCAAAUUAUUAAAUGUCAGGUAUUGCACUUCUAUUUUGAGUGGCAGUUAACACAUUUUAAAUUACAUUACAGCGGGUAAUCAAUACUAUUGGAAUCUUAAUUUGGUCCACUUUCAAGUGUAAUUUCAAGGACUCUGUUCAUUUGAUCUAUCAAGCAUGCAUUCAGAAACAAAAUGUAAUAGAAAGAUGUCAAGUGAUAUGUUUAUUUCCAGAGAAGGCAUUUACCCUGGAAGAGAGUAAAAUUUAUUAAUGUAGUUAAAAUCUGUGUAAUUGAAAAUAUAAAUUGUGAUUUCUUUAAGUAAAAUAUAUAAAUCAAGGUCACUGUUAUGGCAUUACAAAACUGAACAAACAAAUACUAUAUGUCAGAAGUGUGCUUUUCUUUGUCCUUUUAUGUUUGACAGACAUAAAUGAUAUGUUUAUUUUUUGUAGCAGUUUUCUGGGAAAUUAAUAGGAGUAAAUUUGUUAAAAUCUGUUAAAUCUAGUGAGUAACAUUCAAUACAUUUUUCAGGUUAGUAUAUUCUUCUUUUCUCUUAAACUUUAAAAUGCAACCACGGGUGUUUUAUUACUUUGAAACAUAUUACAAUAUCACAUUUUUGUUGGUCACAAAUCAUUUUCAUAGCAAAUUGAGCAUUUUUAAAUAAAUGUAUAAUGCUAAGGUAUCAUCUAAGAGUCUGUCUUGAUUUCAUAAUACUAGAUGAUACAAAGAAAAAUAUUGAGAACUUGUGUUAUAGUGAUGAAUACAGGCAGGGCUUUUAGAGGAAUACUGUUCAAAUAAGUUACAGUCUAGAAUAAGGUCAUAAAAUUACAUAUGUCUUUAUUGAAUUCAAAUUGUCCUGUAAUGUGGAGUUCUGAGCACAAAACUACUUCGCAGAAAACUGGGAAAGUUAAGAAAAAUUUCUCUGUCUUCACUAUCAGAUCAUUAUUUGAAUCCUGGGAAACUUGCCCUCUUGUUUUUUUGCCAUGUCUACUUAUUUUAAAAACCAUAGUAAAGAAAAGAACCUUAGAUUACUUAACAUUCCUUUUACCCAUGUAGCUUGGUAAUAUACAGCGUUGUGUAUUACUUUUUGAGCAUUCAAAUUUCAGAUAUGCUUCUUUAUCUGAAUACACAGUACGUAGACGUUGGCGGCAAGUCUGCAUUGCUAUGAUGUGCCUACUGUGAGGGGAGCCGUAGGCUCCUUGCCUGUGUGCUGCUUGGGUCUUCAGGUGUGCCCCUUCUUCACCGCCAGAGAUGUGGCAGUUUGGAAAUCUUCCAGGGGGUGAGAAGAAUUGGUCUAGGUCAUAUUUAAUAGCUAUAUUCAGAGACAAGUAUGCCAGGAAUUAGCACCCCUUCUUCUGAUACAGUGUAUGUGUAUGUGUCUAUGUGUGUGCCCUUGCAUGGGGGGGAGACAGAACCUUUUCCCAGAAGCAUGAAAAUAUAAAUAUGUACUUUAGAGAUAGUUAUUUGCAUUUUAGUUGACUGUAUUUAAUCACAUUUUAUAUUGUCAUGAUUACUGAAAUUGCAAAGGAUAACCUGAACAUUGCUAGUAUGGAUAUUCCAGAAACAUACUAAUUAAAGAUCCAUAUUCUUUUGAAAAUUAUAGGCCACUUUAAAAAGACUUUAGGGUUAACUGAACUUGUGAAUAUGUAUUUAAUUUCCCAAAGCUAUCUAAAUGCAUUGCCCCUACAUUUAUCUUAAGGCAAGAGAAUCUUUUAAAAGAUAUUUUGUUUUUUCAUACUUUGAUUCUUAUUUUUUAAUCAGCUUCACUUCUAGAUAGUACAGUGCUUUCUGCUACUCUGUAUUUGGCUUGGUUUUUUAUUAUAGGGCAAUGUUUUCUCGGUUUUUUAAACCUUAAAAGUGAAUAGUGGGUAAUUUCAACCCUAAACAGACAAACAGCCCUUAGCUAAGAACAUUACAUGUUAUGAUCAAUCAAUUUUAUUUAAAAGUUUUCUUUAAAGAUAAUUUGAUUAAAAAAAAAUAAUAGGUAAAUGAUUCCAGGGAAGAAUUAAAAAUGUAUGAAACAUAGGCAAAUGAAAAUUGUAUCCCAAUAUUUUCAUUCUAGAUGAAAAAUAUGUAUCAAGCAUACAUUAUAAAAAAAUUUAUCUCAUGCAAGUUAAAGCCUGAUUAGUCAUUGGAAAUUUUAAAUAAAUAGUAAGUGUUUUAGUAAAUUACUAUUGUGUUCUUGAGGGGCAAAAAGUGAAGGGUUGUCGUUUGUUUAUUUUGAAAUUUAAUGCUUUUUACCACUCAGUCCAGCUUACUAGCGCCCCAGUGGAACUUGGUAAAAUUGUAGCACUGUUAACAAUUAUGUGAUUUUGUGAAAUAUAUCAGCACCACCAUGCCUGUAUCUAUCUCUGUAUCUAGUAAAAUGUUGGAAAGAGUUGGCUUCCCUAAUAAAAGUAUCCUAAGUAGCUAA